AUGACUUGGUGGAGGCCUCCGCCUCAGUUCGACCUCCAUGUUGCAUUUCCUUCUGUUUGUUGCGUGUUGUUGCGUGGUGAGGCUCAGUGUGCUGGUUGGGGAGACGACUGGUUCCCGGCAAAGGUUCGCGAGCUGUUGCCCAACAACGAGGUUCAGGUCUUGUGGGAGGGCGACGAGCCUUCGAUCUCAAACGUAGCCAUGAACAUGGUCCGACACAGACGGAAAGGCGAUGUGGCAACGCCGACCGUUCCAGAGACCGCUGCACCCGCCCCGCAGCCCGUGCCGCCCGCGCCGCCUGUGCAGUCGGUGCAGCCUCCACAACCACCGCAGCCCGUGCAACCGAUGCAGCCCAGCGAGCCGUCUCGGAAGAGGCCCGCAGAGGCUCCACUUCCACAGGCCUUGCCGGCAAAGCGAGCUGAAGUAGAGGGACCUCUGCUCGAGUUCAGCCUCCGCCCCGGCAUGGAGUUUUCCGAAGCCUUUGCCAACCUGAGGAGGCGCUUGGAGCUGGAGCUGCGAGAGGGCCGGAAGGUCUCCGUGCGAUUACGCGUGAUGAGGCCUCCACCCCCGGAGCCGCCCACGCCUGCGCCGGGUGUGCCGCCGGGUGCGCCCCCGGGCGCUCCGCCUGUGGCGCCCCCUGAGACGCCGCCAGCAGCACCUCCGGGUCCGCCGGAUGCCCCGCCGGAUGUGCCGGAGGCUAUCCGACCCAGCAAGCCCAAGGACAAGCCGGUGCCAGCAGCACCUCGAGAAGGUGCUAUGCCCAACUUUCCGAGCGGGUGCGGGCCUCGAAUGCCGCAGAAGGGCUGGUGGAGGCCUGGCUACGGAGGCUAUGGCAAGGGCAAUGGCUUUCGUGCGCCAGGCUGGACCUGA